AUGUAUUGGGAUAGUACACCUUCUAUUGAUUUGUGUGAAAUGCAUGAUGAGUUAUUACCAGAUACGGCUUAUAUGGUUGACAGCGAUCAGCGCGUUUUAAAUAUCAAUUUCGCAGAGAUGGGUAACGAAUAUAAACCCGUAGCAGAAGAAGAUUUGAAUAUUGGUCCAGAGAUUACUGGAAGUUUCGAAAGGAACGAUGCUCAAGAUGAUGUGGUUGAUAGAAUGAUAUUAGAAGAAGAGACAACAGCUGAUGCUGAUAUUGUUUCGAUGCAAGAUGAUGAUGAUAUACUUUUUAUGGGGGAACAAGACGAUGCUGAAGAAGAUAAUGACAUAAUGAUUGCAGAAACAAAAUGUGCUGAUGCAGAGGAUGAUGACGUUGUAUUCAUUGAAUGGAAGUGUACCAGCGGCGAUGAUGAUGAUGUCAUUUUUCUGGAAUACAAACAAUUAGUAAUUUGA